AUGAUGAACUCCUCCUUUCUCCCCACGAUAGUGGAAGAGCUCCCUGCCAGUCGGCGGCAAUUCGACUAUAUAAUCAUCGGCGGCGGCACAGCGGGCUGUGUCAUCGCUGCCAGACUCGCCGAGAGCUUGCCCGAUGCCACUAUUCUUAUGAUCGAGGGCGGCGAAAGCGAGCUGGGCAAGGAAUCAAUUCUGAAUCUCAAUGGCGCGGCUGAUUUAUGGGGUUCUGAAGCAUAUGAUUAUGCUUACAAUUCUGUACCGCAACCCUAUGGAAACAGCAAUAUCAUCCAUUCCCGCGCAAAGAUGCUAGGCGGUUGUUCGAGCCACAAUGGAGCUAUCUCAUUCGCGCCGCUAGCAUACGAUUGCAAGAGGUGGCAAGACCUAGGCGCCGAGGGCUGGACACACGCCGAAAUGCUGCGUCUUAUGCACAAGCUGCGCAACAAUAUAAUCCCCGUCGACGAGCGCCAUCGCAGCCAGCUAGUCAAGGACUGGCUCCAGACCUGCUCGAAUCUGUUCGGGGUCCCCUAUAUCGAGGAUUUCAACCGCGAGAUCGAAACCCGCGGAAACCUCACCCAGGGAUGCGGCUUUCUCAGUAUUGCCUACACGCCUGGCGAUAACCACCGCAGCAGUGCCAGCGUGGCUUAUAUCCACCCCAUUCUGCGCGGAGAGGUCAAACGGCCGAACUUGACUAUUCUGCAGAAUACGUGGGUGUCGCGGAUUUUGUUCCAGGGAGCUACUGCCACCGGUGCCGUUGCUACCACUCACGCUGGGGAGGAGUACUCACUUACCGCCACGACCGAAGUGGUGCUGUGCGCCGGUGCAAUCGACACCCCGCGUCUGAUGCUGCUUUCGGGCCUCGGUCCGCGUCAACAGCUGGCUAAACACGGCAUCCCCCUCGUCCACGACAUCCCCGGAGUCGGGGAGAACCUCCAAGACCACGCCGAGACGAUGUACAUGUGGGAGCUGAACGACGCUGUGCCCCCCGAGCAGAUCUCCAUGGGUUCGGAAGGCGUCAUGGUGCUACGUCGGGAGGAGUUCAACGCCCGCGGCGAAGACAACGGUGUCAUGGACACUCUCUUCCACAUGUUCACUGUCCCGUUUGACACCUACACCAAGCCAAUGGGUUACGAAACGCCCAAGAAUGCCUUUUGCGUCAUACCCUACACGCCCCGCCCGGCGUCCGUCGGCCGGUUAUGGCUCAAGUCUGCGAAUCCAAAGGAGAAACCGGCGCUCGACCAGCGGUAUUUCAGUGAUCGGGAGGGAUACGAUAAGGCGAGCAACUUGUUUAUGUUGAAGAUGACGCGCCGGAUGGCCCAGGCUGAGCCGUUCAAGAAGUAUCUGAAGCGGGAGAUUGCGCCGGGGGUGCAUAUUGUCUCUGACGAGGACCUUUGCGAGUAUGGUCGUAAGGUCCAUAAUACAGUUUAUCAUCCUUGUGGCACUGCGAAGAUGGGGAAUGUGGAGACUGAUCGGAUGGCGGUUGUGGAUCCGUCUUUGAAGGUGAGGGGUGUCAAACACCUGCGUGUUGCGGAUGCCAGUGUGUUUCCUUGCAUGACAUCUAUCAACCCUAUGGUUACAGUGUUGUCAAUUGGGGAACGCGCUGCCGAGCUUAUUAUUGAGGAUGCGGGUCGGGCAGAACGGGCUGUACUGUGA